AUGAGAGAAGAUGAAGAAAAUUCCAACACUUCUGAUGACGAUGUUGAGGCCAUCACUAGGAAGGAGACUUCCCUGGAGUCAGCGGCAAAAGCACGAAAGCGUCGACUAAUGGCUUUAAAGUCUCAGAUUCAUGGGAUUCCUAUGCAGUUUUUUUGAAUCUUUGUGAAGUUGAUAUAUAAAUUGUUUCAGAGAGCAAGAUUAUGAAACAAAAGAAAGUGACACGAAAAAAAGCAAAGAAGGUUUGAAGCAGUUCAGGUUUAUUGUUCUGUUUAUCUGUGAUCACCAAGUUUUUGUUUCAGAAAUCACAAACCAGUUUAUGCGAACGUUGGGAAUGUCACUAACGGAACUGAUUUAGAUGUGGUUGAAAAUGAAAUCGUGGAUCAUUUACAGGUUACAAGACUUCUUAGAUUUUCAUAUCUAUGGUCGAAAUUUUCAGGACGUUGUUGACGAAAAACCUAUUGAGAAUGUUGAUCUUUCAAUGCUUGCUCCGAAAAAAAUUGACUGGGAUUUGAAAAGAGAUAUUGAAGCAAAGCUCCAGGUAUUUUACAUUUUUAUUUUUUUUUUUUAUUUGUGAUGACUUUUUUCAGAAACUAGACCGAAAAACGCAAAGAGCGGUUGCAGAAAUAAUCCGACAUCGUUUGGCUCAAGGGAAAGGAGAUCUCGUUUCGACUGUAAAUGCUGGAACUGCGUAA